CUGAGACCGGUGUGCGAGUGUUAGCACGGCGCUAAUGUGACACAGGAACUUUCAACAGGCGUUCGCUCAUUUCGCCUCUAUUAAACUCAUAUUCCCUGCAGCAAAAUUGACUGAAGCGUAGGAGCGUCCAGACGUCAGGAGGAUGUUUAACCCUCAUCAGCACCAGCAGCAUCAGCAGCAACAGCAGUUCCAGCAACACCUGCGUCAGCUCCAACAGCUGUUCCAGCAUCAGACGCCUCCUCCUCCUCCUCCACCUCCUCCUCCUCCACAGCCUCCGCCCGCACACCACAUCACACACCACCACCAGACGGCACGGUCCAUGGCUCCAGCGCCUCCGUCUGCUCGUAUGGUGAACCUCUGCUCCGCCACGCAGACCAUCAUCGGACACAACCCCAUGCUGCAGGGCGCUCUGCUCAUGCAACAGAUGCAGGCAGGAAGCAUGCGUGGCUUUGCGAUGGGCGGCCAACAGUUCCCACAGUUCUUCAGCGCCGGAUCCAGAGCGUCUCUCCUCGGGCCCGUUCCAAUGGGCGUGGCCAUCAAAACUCCUCACAUGGGAUUCCCGCGACAUUUCAAUCCACACGCGCGCUAUUUCAGCAACGAGUUUCAGGCACGACAGCCGGACAGAAAGAGGGAAAUUGAGCCGAAACCAGCGGGGAGCAGCAACAGCCAAUCAGAAGCCAGCAGCAGCAGAGCAGAUGAAGUUUCCAUCGUCACCGAUCCUUCAGAGCCGCCCGAUGAACCAGCGGCUAAAAAACACAAAACUGACGAGUCCGUGACUUCAAAUCUGUCAGAUUUAGCUCAAAACACUGAAUACAAGAGCCCGGAUCCUGCAGACUGCACACUGCAGGAGGGAGGCAGUGUCGCCGGGCCGGUCGCCGCUGAAGCCGAUGAACAGAGUCAAGUGGCCAAGCAGAUCGGACAUACAGAAGCUCCAGAUAAAGGAGUGGAACAGCAGAACAGUGACUGUCCAGAUGACGCCAUCGUCUCCGAUCCAGUGCCAGAGGUCGAGGAGGUCAAGCAGACCUGCGCUCACCAGGAGGUCAAGGAGACUAGCGCUCACGAGGAGGAAAAUGACGAAGGGCCGGAGACCUCCAACAAGUUCUUCUGCUACAUUUGCAACAUCACUUGCCAUAACCAGCAAAAUUUCCAGAGCCAUAUGAACGGACUGACGCACCAGCAGAAGAUGAUGGAGAUCCAGCACAUGAGUAACGCGUGUCUCGUCACGCUUCUGCCGCGAGUCCAGGAGUCCCUGCAAGGAGCGCGCAAAGACGGGGAGAAGAGGCCCGGCCUGCAGAGGUGGUGCUCCACCUGCCAGACUCACUUCACCAGCAACGUCAUGGAGCAUCGCAGGACCCGGGAGCACAAGCGCUGCAGUCACUCGCCCAGCACCAGCUGCACCGUCUGUAAGCUGCACUUCAGGACGGCCAGAGAGUUCGUGGAGCACAUGCAGUCCAAGGAGCAUAAGCAGCGCGUCGAGCUGCUGUGGAAGGAGUCGGGGAAAGAGGGCGUGGAUCAGCUGAACUCUGCCGUGUUAUUGGGUGAAGAGGACGGCGACUGCAGUGACGACGACAGGGAGGAAGAGGAAAACGGGAAGGAGGGUCUAUCUGCACAGAUGGAGGUCACACUAGAAGAUCUGACUGAAGACGAGGAGUUUGACUCUGACACAGUGUACGGGUCUAGUUUUGUGGUGCCUGUCGCUGGGUUUCUCUGUCGACUCUGCGAUCAGUUCUAUCACUUCGAGUCUUCGGCUCGACACACACACUGCAAGACGCUCACACACUUCGAGAAUCUGAAGCGUUAUAAAGUCUCGAGGAAACACGAAGACUCCGGUUCGACCUCGGGAGAAGCGACACACCACAUCAGUCCCGAUGAAAUCCCUAAACCAGCCCUGGAGAUCUCCGAGUCCACGAGCUCCUCGCUCCCCAGCAUCAGCACCGACACCAGCCUCCGUCAGGAACACCAGCCGGAUCUCCUUGGGGAUCCCGAGGGAAACGAGGAUCUCGUUAGCAUUCCCGAGGGAAACGAGGAUCUUGUUGUUAGCGUUCCUGAGGAAAAGAGCGUUCGGGGCCGAGGAAGGACUCCUGCGAAGAGACGAGGAAGAGGAGGAGUAGGAGGAGGAAGACGACGCUGAGACCCAGAACGUUAUUAUCAGGCUCAGAGGACCCGAGUGAAACCACCCCGCCGAUAGACCGUGUGUGUGUGUGUGUGUGUGUGUGUGUCUCCUGCGGUUCUGAAGGGUUUGUGCCACGGUUGUACGCCUCUAACCCCCUGUCUGUACAGUAGAUGUCUUCAUUAAGCACAAGAUCCCCAGAACUCCAGCACUGAACGCUUCCUGCUUCGGCUGAAGGGUGAACCUCAUCGACACGUGAACAUGUCCAGGUCAUAGGUCAACACAAAACUGUGAGUGAGUAGGUGCGUUCCAUUCGACAGGGUCCCUACGCAGUGUUCACUGCU